AAGCUCUCUGUUUGUAUUAGUGAAGUUAUUAUGAUUUAUUUGUUUGGAGCUGAUGCUUGAUUUUUGUUUCCGUCAAGGAGGUAAGUAGCAGAGAUGGCGGUGCCACUGUUGUUGAAGAAGAUCGUGAAGAUGAGGGUCAAGAAGUUCAAGAGACCCCAGAGCGACCGCAAGAUUGCUGUCAACUUAUAUAGAUCUGCUGCAUCGGUCUUGUUCUGUUGAAAUUAGGAAGCUCGGUUAAUAGGUGUUUAAAUCUUUCUUUGCAAGCUCGGUUUUUAGGUUUGAAGUUUGCUUUCCCCCUUUUUUAUGUUUUCUACGUGGUUUCAUUAGGGAUGUGAUGAUAAGUUCUGUCGCCCCAGUCUUAUUUG